AUGACUCAGUUCAUACGAAAUCCAAUAUCAGAACCAAUUCAGGCGAUAACCGAAGCACGAGCCGCACUUGAAGCAGCGCACAGCUCGAUGGAUUUAAUCGGUUCGAAAACCAACGAGAUACCCAGAACAAUUGCCAAAGUUCUCUCACUCCUCGAACAGCUGAGUGUUCAAUGUGAACCAGAUAAAAUUCGUGAUGAAACUAAACGACUACAUGCGACGAUUGAUGAUUGUGCUCAGGAGGCAUUCAUUCUCGAGGAUCGUUUCCAAAUGGCUAUUAAACUUACCGAUAGUACCAGUGCAAAACUGGGUCGUUCAGGUUUCAUGUUGCUUGGAGACGUUAAACAUUUCUGGGAGAGGACAGUGUCAUUUUGUGGUGAGAUCAGUAAGCUGAUCGAGUAUACGCUUGAUUCAUCGUGCAAUGCGUUCAUUGCGAUCAUUCUCGAACAACUCGACAAGAUCUCCACCAAAUCCAAGUUCCGACUAAAAGAUCGCACAAGGCACGAGAUCUAUCAAAUCUCAUUGGCAUGUGUCGCAUACGCAUUAUCAGUAAGACAUCUGACGAACGCUUAUUCGGCGUUCUCAAAUGAAUUUCUUCUGCCCCAAGUGAACGUCAUCUCGAGAUAUCCACUUCUGGGCAACAGUGAGAUUGAACUGGCACAUGCACAUGAUCAAUUCAAGGAGGCAAAUAUGGCUUGCAUGAAAGAGAUCGAUCGAGUUGUGAAACAAAACCGUGCCACAUCGAAACGACGUUCUAUUCUUGAGCUGGAUUUGGGUCUUGAUCUUCACCUCAGUGAUAUUUCGCUUGAUUUGGAUGAAUUUCUAACGCCAAUUGCUGAAUUCAAAUCGCAUUCGCACUCAAAACAAACGGAUAGUUUCAUUGAAAAUAAAUCGAGCAGUGUUUUCGAGAAAUUCCGAGCGAAUUUCACCAAGAAAGCGUCUCUAUGA